CUGAAAAGCCACACACACUGAUAACUGUUGUCGACAUUGGUGUGGCAGGCUCUAAAUGUUGUUGAGAGGAAAUCAUUAAGUUAAAUGGGGCUUUGACAUAGGAAGAAAUGACACAUUCAGCGGACAUCGAUCGACAAGUAAAGACGGAGGAAUAAAUCGAUAUUUGAACGAGAUGUGGUUACGCGUGACUCCAACGUACGUUUAACGGUUUUAAUUUAGUUUGUUAACUAUUAUUAGCUGUGAAAAUAAUCACAAAUGGCUUCUAGAUCUGGUUUCCCCGUCAACCACAGUAACGUUACCCCAAUAAACCCCAGCAUGAACAGCAUGAACCUUAUGAACUCGGGUCACAGCAGCGCAAUGAGAAUGUCAGCAAUGCCACAGAAUUCACCCUACAGAGGGAUGGGCAGUUCUCCGAACCAGUACCACCAACGCCCAAGUAUGCCACCCAGCCGAGGAAUGCCAAUGGGGGGCAUGGGGUCUAUGGGUUCCCCUAUGCCUGGUCCGUCUUAUAGUGGAGCCAUGCCCAUGCGACCCGGGAUGCCUCAAGCCGCGAUGGACCCCAACCGGAAGAGACUUCUUCAGCAGCAACAGCAGCAGUCCGGUGGUCUUAUGGGUCAGAGAAGGGGGGUGAAGAGGCGUAAGAUGGCUGACAAAGUGCUCCCGCAGAGGAUCAGGGAUCUGGUCCCAGAGUCUCAGGCUUACAUGGACCUUCUGGCCUUCGAGAGAAAGCUGGACCAAACCAUUGCACGCAAACGCAUGGAGAUACAGGAGGCCAUCAAAAAGCCGAUCACGCAAAAACGCAAACUGAGGAUCUACAUUUCUAACACCUACACACCUGGCAAGCCAGAGGGAGAGGAGGCUGAAAAAGUGGCUUCCUGGGAACUUCGAGUGGAAGGCAAACUCCUGGAGGAUCCUGGGAAACAGAAACGAAAGUUUUCAUCCUUCUUUAAAAGCCUCGUCAUUGAACUGGACAAAGAACUUUAUGGCCCAGACAACCACUUGGUGGAGUGGCAUAGAAUGCCCACAACUCAGGAGACGGAUGGAUUUCAGGUGAAGAGACCCGGAGAUGUGAAUGUGAAAUGUACUCUCCUUCUCAUGCUAGAUCACCAGCCUCCGCAGUAUAAGCUGGAUCCACGUCUGGCUCGACUUUUGGGAGUCCACACUCAGACCAGAGCCAGUAUCAUGCAAGCCUUGUGGCUCUACAUCAAAAACAACAAGCUGCAAGACUGCCAUGAGAAAGAGUUCAUUAACUGCAACCGAUACUUCAGACAGAUUUUUGGAUGCCCCAGGAUGAGAUUUUCGGAUAUUCCCAUGAAACUCGCCAGCCUCCUUCAGCACCCUGACCCCAUCGUCAUCAAUCAUAACAUCAGUGUGGAUCCCAAUGAUCAGAAAAAGACUGCGUGCUUUGACAUCGAUGUUGAGGUGGACGACCCUCUGAAGGCUCAGAUGACCAGCUUCCUGUCAUCCACAACCAAUCAGCAGGAGAUUGCUACCCUGGAGAUGAAGAUCCAUGAGACUAUUGAAUCCAUCAAUCAGUUGAAAACCCAGAGGGACUUCAUGCUCAGCUUUAGUAACAACCCACAGGAUUUCAUCCAGGACUGGCUCAAGUCUCAGAGCCGAGACCUCAAGUUAAUGACAGACACUGUGGGUAAUCCAGAGGAGGAGAGGAGAACUGAGUUUUAUCACUCAAACUGGGUUACAGAAGCUGUUGGACGCUACAUAUUUUCAAAAGUCCAGCAGAGGAGACAAGAAUUGGAACAGGUACUAGGAAUCCGACUCACUUAAGAAGAUUCAGACUCCAGAUCCAGUCAUGAAAGGAAUCCGCUCAAAUACAGAUGAGAAAAAAAUCAAUAGAUGCACUUCAUAUAGAAGUUUUGGGUGCUGGUAUUGUUUGGUAUUGUCAUAAACUUCUGGUCACUUCCAAUUUCAAAUCCUGUUACAUUAACUGGAACUCUUUUUGAAUUCAAUCUCUGAUUUUGUUUUAUAUUAUUCUGAAAAUAAGCCAUUCAGUUCAUUUUCUUUAUGAUUCAGUUUUUUUGACAGCUUUACUUUUAUGAUAUCCUCUGAAAUAGGGCUCUUUUAUUUACAGUAAGAUAUACAGUACUGUUGUUAAAUGCCUAAAAACCCCUAUCGGUAACAGAUGCGACACAGAUUCUAGUUGUUCAUCCUUUUAAUGUUUAUAGUUUAAUAGUUAAUUAACUAUAUAGUUAAUUAGGAAUUGCCAAACUCUGUCUACAUUCACCAUUUUGUUUCUGAAAUGUUUGAAUUCUGACCGCUGAGCAAAUUAAUUGCACAAUUUUUGAGUCAGAUACUUGUAAUUAGGUUGACUAGUAAUGAAAAUGCAAUGUUUUUAUUUUUUCGAUAUAUUGUGGAUUUUUUCCAUUUCGUCUCUCAGGAAAAUAUGUGCUGCACUGCGUUCAAGAGCCAUCUUUUUGUGAUUCCACCCCAGCACAUUUGGUUGUCCAGCUGGUUUAGUUCAGUACACCAGACUUCCUAUGUUCAUCUCGUUAUGGUUUACGUUUCUUUGCUUUUUUACCAGUUCAUGUUCUUAUUUAGUGUCGGUGGUAGAGACCGUACUGCAGCGACUGAAUUUGUGAACGAUGGUGUCCUAACCAUCAGCAUAUUCUUUAUUUUCAGGUAUUCAAAGCCAUAUUUUUAAAGUAGAUUAGUUCAGUGUGUACUUCUACAUUCCAAACAGCGGAUGGAAAUUUAAGUGGGUUUUAGUAUGUGAUCAUUCAUAUUGGUGGUGUUGUUAUUUGUGGUAUUGACAGGAAGUUGAAUUUUCAAUUAAGGAAUUUAACAGGUUUAACAUCUGAUUACCACAGGAAAUCGGUUUUGACUUUCCAGUUUAUAAAGUGGUUAAAAAACGAAAUUUUUAAAUGCAUCUCUGAAGGACGAGUUGAAACGGUUUUGUUAUAAUUGACAGCAUGCCACAGAUGUUAUCAAUAGAAUGUUCCUUUCGAUGGUUAUUCAGACAGUAUUAAUACUGAUCUGAAACGCCACAAGCUCUUGUACUUUUGAUUUACUUGUGAGUGGAUUGAGCUCUUUUUGUGCAAGUGCUAACUUACAACGCAAGUUCUGUUUUAUAUUUUUGUAUCAAUCAAAUGCUUUUGUA